AUGCCCACCCGCGAGGAGAUCACCUACUUCGGCGCCGGCCCGGCCCUCCUCCCCACCGACGUCCUCCAGAACGCCGCCCAGGCCCUCCUCGACUUCAACAACACCGGCCUGGGCAUCGCCGAGCACUCCCACCGCAGCGAGCUCGCCACCAACGUCAUCAACGAGGCCAAGGCCGACCUGGCCACCUACCUCGACAUCCCCACCGACGAGUACGAGAUCCUCUUCAUGCAGGGCGGCGGCAGCGGCGAGUUCUCCGCCACUGUCUACAACCUCGUCGGCGCCUGGGUGACGCGCCGGAAGCAGGACCUCCUCCGCCAGUGGGGCACCUCCGCCGACGAGAAGGGCCUCGCCGUCGAGGAGAAGCUGGAGGCCGAGCUGCGCAAGGCCGUCGAGGAGGACCUCAAGCUCGACUAUAUUGUUACUGGUGGCUGGAGCCAGAAGGCCCACGCCGAGGCCGUCCGCCUCCUCGGCCCGGAGCGCGUGAACCUCGUCGCCGACGCCCGGACAAUCAACGGCGGCAAGUUCGGCAAGAUCCCGGACGAGAAGGAUUGGACAUUGAGCCGGGACCCGGCUCUGGUCUACUACUGCGACAACGAGACCGUUGAUGGCGUCGAGUUCCCCGCCUUCCCCGCCUCCUUGGCGCCCCGUGCCGACGGCAGUGGUCCUAUCGUCGUCGCCGACAUGAGCUCCAACAUCCUGUCCCGCCGCAUCCCCGUGCGCAACUUCUCCAUCAUCUUCUUCGGCGCUCAGAAGAACCUCGGGUCCACCGGCAUCACCGUGGCCGUCAUCAAGAAGAGCCUGCUCCCUCCGACGACGCCACAGCCCGAGCCGGCCUUGCUGAGGAAACUCGGGUUGCCCAUUGGGCCCAUUGUGCUUUCCUACGAGACCAUUGCCAAGAAUAACAGCCUGUACAACACCCUCAGCAUUUUUGACGUCUACAUCGCCGGCCAGGUCCUCAAGAAACUCCUCCGCACCUUCCCCGACAAAGUCGACGGCCAGCAAGCCGUAGCCGAAAAGAAGGCCUCGCUCAUCUACUCCGCGCUGGAGGCCCACCCGGACGUCUACCGCAUCGUGCCGGACGCCUCGGCCCGCUCGCGCAUGAACAUCUGCUUCCGCGUCACCAAGGGCAGCGACGUCGACGCCUCCGAGAAGGCCUUCCUCAAGGAGGGCACCGCCAGGGGCCUGACCGGCCUCAAGGGCCACCGCAGCGUCGGCGGCAUCCGCGCCAGCAAUUACAACUCGAUCCCGCUGGAGGGCGCCGAGAAGCUCGCGGCUUUCAUCACGGAGUUUGCCAAGGCUUAA